GGCCUGGCCCGCGGGAGCACAGCGGCGCAGAGCGAGGCGGCUUAGCGGCCGCAGCCCGGCCUUAGUGCUCGCAGCCGCCGGUGAAGGCGGCUCGGCAGCGUUCCGCCCGACAAGGCGUCCGCAGGCUCUGCGGGGAGCUGCAACCCGUAGUCCCGCUACCGCGUCUGGCCUGCACCUGCCCUGCGCCGUGGCGGCGCCUGGAGCUGGCCUGAGAAGGAGUCCAGACGCCUAGCAGCUUUCAUGUCCCACCUUCUGGGUUUGGCGAUGCAGGGACUGCCUGAUGGAGCGGCUGCAGUGUUUAGCCUGUCACUUCCAAGGGCUUGACUGUCCCUUGCUGGGGCAGCAGAACCUCUCACCAGUGACUCUUAGAAGUGCUGUUGUGGCAGCUCUAAGAUCCAGUGAAAGAGCACCCAGGAUGCCGGAACCUGCGAAGUCCACCUCUGCCCCCAAAAAGGGCUCCAAGAAAGCUGUGACAAAGACCCAGAAGAAAGGCGACAAGAAGCGACACAAGAGCAGGAAGGAAAGCUACUCCAUCUAUGUCUACAAAGUGCUGAAGCAGGUCCACCCUGACACCGGCAUUUCUUCCAAGGCCAUGGGCAUCAUGAACUCCUUCGUCAACGACAUCUUUGAGCGUAUUGCUGGAGAAGCCUCCCGCCUGGCCCAUUACAACAAGCGCUCCACCAUCACCUCCCGGGAGAUCCAGACAGCUGUACGCCUGCUGCUCCCCGGGGAGCUGGCCAAGCACGCUGUCUCAGAGGGCACCAAGGCUGUCACCAAGUACACAAGCUCCAAGUAGCCAGAUGCCGCCUAUCCAACAGGACCAUCAAGCACCAAACCCUCUGCGCAAACACAGGUAGGCAGCCACGGUCCGGAUAAAUGUCACAGCUAUUAUCCACAGCAAUUUACAGCCUUGGGAUGGGCAUGAGAAGCUGUCUGAUGGAAGGGGAGAUGAUGAUCUGGAAGCCGUCUGAUUUCCAUAGUCUGCUCGGGACAUGUGACAGGUUCUGCGGGGCUGGUGGAGGAGGCCUCUGCUUUCACAUCUCAUCUGAAGGACUGACCAGCUGCAAUAUAUCCAAACUCUCCUCUGUGCUUGGCAAACGUGCAUGUUUGGCGCUGGCAGGGGAGACUGACAGUGGCAACACAGGGACAGCGUCUCUGAAGUCUUCCUGUUUGGCUGCAUUCUCACAGUCAUUCAAAAUGGGCACUGAGGAGUCAGUGCUGGUAUCCUCUCCCUUGUAGCCCAAAUCUGUCCUGGUGUAUGGCGGCAUAGCCCACCCCACCCCAUGCUGGCAGAAGUGGCAGUGACAACUACCAGGCACUGGCCAUAGAAUAAAAUCCAUCUUGAC